AUGAUGAGUAUGGAACUAUAUAACUUAAAUCCUCUAGGUGAACGUAUACUACGUAUUGAACUCAGUCAGCUGAUACAAGAACAAUAUAGAUUGUCCAAGAAAACAGCAAUGACCGAUUAUUUAAUUCAUGAAAAUUUGCCUGAUCAUUUUGACCUGAACAAGAAUUCUUCCACAUCAUGUUCUUCCACUUCCGUUUCUCCUCCUCCACCGCCGUCUACCUCUCCAGUCUCCAAAAAUUCUUCAACAUUUGUUGACCAUCGAUUGUCCAAUUUUGUGAAACUACGGAAACUUAAGCGAUCACAUAGUACAACAACACGAAAAGCAGUUCAUAAUUUUACUUCUAUUAAAAAGAAUCAAUAUCGCAGCUUUGCACAUUAUAAUCAUCGUAAUCUUCGGCGGAUUAAUUUCAAUAAUAGAGCUAAUCAAAAAAUUAAUUGUAAACGAACGCGAACUGUUUAUUAGUGUUCGGUAAUCUUUCGUAAUAUUUUCUUUCUCAGGUUGAUUGUUUUUUUGUUUUUAUGGCGUUUCUCUCUUUCUUUUAUACAUAUAUAACUUCAGUUCUGUGUGAUUGAUGGUAGCUUAAAUCUUUUUAAUUAUUAAUAGUUAUGUAACACUGAAUUGUACAUAUCAUUCUAGGUAUAUUCCCAAUACUAGAACUAAUCAAUUUAUAGUUAUUCCAAGGUAUAUUAGUCAACGUAUUUGUCUUACUCAGGUUUAUACAAUUCGACUUUAUAAAACUAGUACUAAAAAAUAUUACAGUUGUUUACUGAUAAUUCUAUUUACAGUGAAAUUAACAAUCACUACUACUGUUAACUUGUUUUCAUCUCUUAACUUAAUAAUAUGUGGUUGUCAUCAAAUUCAUUUUACUUGGCUGUAUCGUUUCUCGUCAACCUUUUCAGAUUUGAACUCUUCUAGCGUAUUGGUUUGCUUUGCUAGGUGACUGUUCCUAUCAUUAUUAGGUUUAGUUUUUUAUUUGUUGUUCUGUUACUUCUUACUUGGAUUUUUCUUUACUUCAAUAUGUUGAUUCUCUUGAAUGGACCAAUGAUCGAUUGCUCAAAUUGAUAUUGUUUAUGUUAAUAUGUUUCAGCAGACAUUCCAUUUAAAAGUAAAGCAACUACCCUUUCAAUCAGCAUUCAUUAGGUGUUAUAUGUACUACAUUUAUCUUAAAUUACAUAAGAUGUGAUAAUGUUAGUCAUUCUGUUACGUUUUGUGUAUCUAUCGUGUCCCUUGUUGUUAGGUUUGGUUAAU